UGACAUAAGGGAAGUCGUAGCGCCAGCUGGGAGAGAGCCGGCGCGGGUCUGUAGCUUGACGUUCGGCGGUCUUCCAGAAUGGCAGAUGAAGAGGAAGACCCCACCUUUGAGGAGGAGAAUGAAGAAAUUGGAGGAGGUGCAGAAGGUGGACAGGGUAAAAGAAAGAGGCUUUUUUCAAAAGAAUUACGUUGUAUGAUGUAUGGAUUUGGGGAUGACCAGAAUCCUUAUACCGAAUCAGUGGACAUUCUUGAAGACCUUGUCAUAGAGUUCAUCACUGAAAUGACUCACAAAGCAAUGUCAAUUGGGAGACAAGGUCGAGUGCAAGUUGAAGAUAUUGUCUUCUUGAUUCGAAAGGAUCCAAGAAAAUUUGCUAGAGUUAAAGACUUACUUACUAUGAAUGAAGAAUUGAAACGAGCUAGAAAAGCAUUUGAUGAAGCAAACUAUGGAUCUUGACACCUUUUGUACUUUCUGAAAUUUCACCAUCUUCUGUGGAAACCAUACAUAAUGACUGUGUAUUUUCUGCAGGGUUGUCCUGAUAUCUAAGCAUGUACAUGAAAGAUGAAGAAAGAAGGUCUCAGCCUUUAUUUUCAUGUCCUCAAUUUUAGAGUGAUACUUGAGCCUUUAAUUUCCUACCUUUAUAUGAGUGUACUUGAAUUCUUUAUUGGCUUUUAAUGACUACAUGUAAGUUUAAAGUGUUGUAAAUCAUGCAGUAUUUAUGUUUUAGAUAGAUUUGGGCCACUAUAAGCUUUUAAUAUGUGAAAUAGAGAUACCCUUUCUUGGCUCUUAAAGCUGAGACAGUAUUUCAUGUGUUCUAAAGUUUUUAGAUAGUAGUGGUAUGAGAAGUUAUUAAAAAUAGUGAAUUGGUUUGUUUCUUUCAAGGAGAUAAAACGGGGAAAACAACUCAUUUUGGGAAGGAUGUUUAUCUGUCUCAUAAUUUGUUUUAAUAUUCUUUUCUAAAGAUAGAUUUCUUUUAAAGUUUCAUAUCAUGCUUUUGUGUUAAAAGGCUUUUUAAAAAACAAUUUAAAACCUUAUUGAACUUCUAACGUACUAUUAAGUUUUGGAAAUCUCAUUUUCUCAGAUCAGAUUAAAGCUUCUAAAAAUAAGUGGUUUCUGCAUUAAGAAUGACAGGGCUUAAAAAACUGAUGGCA